UCGUUUCUGCGGAGACAUUGGUGAACUGCAGCUGUUUCUUCGAUGCCGUCACUGAGAAAUGACAAACCUGCUGGGCACCGGGGCGCUAAAUACUUCACAAAUACUCCUGUUUGGAAAAAACGUUUCAUGUUGUGACGAUUAAAAGUGCAGACGUCAUGCACACUCCGGCCUCCAUGGUGAUGGGGAUCGUCUUCUCCCCUUUGGGGCUGGUUCUUGUCUUCACUGCUGCCAUCACGCCUCAGUGGCGAGAGGGGCAGACACAACUAGGUGUGGCAGGUCCAGGUGCUGUACUUCGCUCAGGCCCAAAAGGUCAAGGGACGGGGAUCAAGUCAGCCGACACGCUACUUUUAUUGCGCUCUGAUGGACUGUGGGAGAGCUGCAUGCAGGUGGCGCACUCUGAGCUGAAGCAGUGCUGGCCGGUGUUGGGUCAGUACCAGAGAGACCCGCGUGUCCGCCUAGCACAGGGCUUGGUGCUCAGCUCCUUGUUCCUGUGCGGCACUGGCAUUGUUCUGGCGUGCAUCGGCGUCCGCUGUUGGACAGACCUGCCUCUGAGAGGCGUGGCCGCCACAGGAGGCAUCCUGGUGGUGCUGGCCGGCGUGCUGAGCCUCACUGCCCUGGGGGUGUAUACCCACAACCUCACAAGACUAGGGAUGGAGGAUUCCAAGAAAACCAUCAGCAAUCAGCGCUUCCCCCACCUGAACCUGCAUCCAGCUGGCUCGCUCUACUUCGGGUGGCUGGGAUCGUGUCUGCAGGUGCUGGGAGGCGGAGCUCUGAUGCUCAGCUUCAAAUGUCCAAGAUGUCCAACCUGUCCAUCUUGCAGUCCAGAGUUGAGCACGUGUCCUGCGUGCCACUCCUGUCCAGAGAUCAACAACAAACAAGAGACGGGCGUGUACGAAGUCAGCUGUUAGGAAUCCUCAUUAAGUCCACACGUCAGCGAGUCAGCCAGUCAGCCAGCCAGGAAAAGAAGACUUCCAAGAGACACUGGAACA